AUGAGUCCAGUCUGCCAUUGGCUCUGCCCAGUGCCUCCCGAUUGGCUCGGCAGCCCGCGGGGGACCGAUAAGGGCGGCUAUAAAAGCCCUGGGAGCUGCUCCUGGUCCCCCAGCCAGCAAGAGCCAGAGGGGCCAGCAGCAGCAGCGGCAGCGGCAGAAUCCUUUCGCGCUCGCUCUCUCCCUGGGAGAGCGUAUCCAGAUCCACAUCUUUGCUCAAGCCGAAGUGGAAGAACACAUACACCCAAAAAAAAAAAAAAAAAAAAAAAGAGAGAGAAACCACACUUAGCGGAAACUUGUCAGAGAAUGCUCCUAAAGUCUGGUUUGCUGCUGCUGCUGGUGAUCAGUGCAUCCGCAUCCUAUGAAGCUGAACAGAAUGACUCUGUGAGCCCCAGGAAACCCAGGGUGGCAGCCCAGAACUCAGCAGAGGUGGUUCGCUGCCUGAACAGUGCCCUCCAGGUGGGCUGCGGAGCCUUCGCCUGCCUGGAGAACUCCACCUGCGACACGGAUGGGAUGUACGACAUCUGCAAGUCCUUCCUCUACAGUGCUGCUAAAUUUGACACUCAGGGAAAAGCUUUUGUGAAAGAAAGCUUGAAGUGCAUUGCCAAUGGGGUCACGUCCAAGGUGUUCCUGGCCAUCAGGAGGUGCUCCACGUUCCAAAGAAUGAUCUCUGAGGUGCAGGAGGAGUGCUACAGCAAGCUGGACCUGUGUGGCAUCGCCAGGCGCAACCCAGAAGCCAUCACAGAGGUGGUUCAGCUUCCAAAUCACUUCUCCAACCGGUAUUACAACAAGCUGGUGAGAAGCUUGCUGGAGUGCGACGAAGAGACGGUCAGCACCAUCAAGGACAGCUUGAUGGAGAAGAUUGGCCCCAACAUGGCCAGCCUCUUCCACCUGCUGCAGGCAGACCACUGUGCCCAAGGCCACCCCAGGGCAGACUUCAGCAGGAGACGCAUCAGUGAGCCCCAGAAGCUAAAACUCUACUUCAGGAACCUCCGAGGUGAGGGCUCCCUCCCUGCCCACGCCAAGCGCGGCUCCGCCGAGAGUGCCUAA